UUCUCUUGUCCAGAAAACAAUACAAACAAACAAAGCAAAAAGAAACAAUCAAAAGUCGGCGGCAAAAAUGAGUUCCGGUAUUGGAAGUUUGGUGAAGGUCAUCUUUAAGAACUUCGACGUUAUCGCUGGACCUAUUAUUAGCUUGGUUUAUCCUCUAUACGCAUCAGUGAGGGCAAUAGAGUCGGGAGCUCAUGGAGACGACAAGCAAUGGCUCACUUAUUGGGCUCUUUAUUCACUUAUCAAUCUCUUUGAACUCACUUUCUACGGACUCAUCGAAUGGAUCCCGAUAUGGCCAUACGCCAAGCUAGCACUAAUUUCUUGGUUGGUGUUACCGGGCUUGAGCGGCGCUGCUUAUGUUUAUGAGAACUAUGUGCGUUCAUUCCUUUUACGCCCACACAGUUUUAAUAUAUGGUAUGUACCCGCUAAGAAGGACGAAGAUGACUUACCAGCAGCUGCUGGGAAAUUCACUCCGGUAAACGAUUCUGGUGAGCCUACGGAAAAGCGUGUGAGCUCGGUGGAUACAUCAGCCAAAUAUGUUGGUCACUCGGCCUUUGAUGAUACAUAUGUCUACUAGCUACCAAAGCUACUUCUGACCCGUUUUAGCUUAACAUCGUUACCCACGUAUUUCCUCUCUUUUUUCUCUCCGGUUAUUAUCGAGUUGUUGUUACCGGUUAAUAAAUUUUAAAUAUCAAAAUAAUAUGUUAAAUUAAAUGCAUGGUUAAUUUAUAUUUGUUAUGUAACAAUAUCAAAUCACGAAAACAGUGAACUUGACGAGGCCAGAGCCGGUCCGACAGUUUAAUUUUUUUUCUUAAUGCCCAGUGCUUGUGUGUCUUUGUUAUUCACAUAAAAAAAAUAUUAAAAAAUUAUAGUGUAUCGUUUUAAAUCAUGAAAGUUAGCAACUCUAAAUUUGACAAAAAAAAGCAUCUCUAAUUUUACUCCAUUUUUUAUUCUAACUUUAUUUACUUUAAAAUAGAAUGAAAAAUAAAAUAAUAAUCAAAAUACAAAACCAUGAAUUUUUAAUAGCAUCUCUAAUUCUUUUUUUAUAUUUACUUUAAAAUAAAAUGAAAAAUAAAAUAAUAAACAAAAUAUAAAAUCAUAGAGUUCUAAUUGCAUCCCCAAAAUAUUUUAUUUUCUUGUUAAAAUUCUUAUUUUUGACGCAAUUUUGAAAUAAAAUAUGAAAUGUAACUAAAAAUGUCUUGAACACUAGAUUUUUUGCUUAUGGUCUAGACGGUCUUGACUUUAUACAUACAUGGGAGAUGUGCAAAAAUAAAUUUUGAGAUUUAACCAGAAAGAUCUAAGUUUCGAAGAAAAAAAAAGAUAAACACAGACAUAUGUUUAUGUAGAAAUGUAUAAUAUUAUAACCUUGACUAGGACCGGAUAAAUAAACCGAAUCUGAAAAUC